UGUUGAACGUACAGUGUUUCUGUUGAUGGGCGGUGGCGGUGGAAGAGGAUUGAUGUCAGCAAACGCCCUCCCUGUGGUUUCGACUGGGCAGCUUCCAUGGCACUGGACAGUUUGCCCGAGGGCUGCGUCCCAUGAUACGCUUAUGUCAGACGCUUCUGCCGCAGGUGUAAGGGACUGCUCGGGGCCACUUCGGCAUUUUUCUCCCUACAAAACAGCUCACAUCAUUCUAAAAAUAGGAGAUAGACCAUGCCUUCAGGCACACACAUUUAAAAGACAAGACAAGAGAAAGGGAAAAGUAGUAAGAGGCCGGAAGGAAAAUAGUUGAACAUGCAAGAACAAGGUGGUCAAGUAUCAUCAUGGAAGGGCAACAUAAUGUUUUGAAGUAUGACAGAAGUACUGAUGCUGUGCCAGAGGCUAGGAAUAUUAAUGGCCAAAUCUAGCAAUCACAUGGUCUUCUAAAGAAGUCAUGGGUAGCUGUUGUAGCUGUCCGGAUAAAGAAACAGUCCCUGAUAACCAUAGAAACAAAUUCAAGGUUAUUAAUGUGGAUGAUGAUGGUAAUGAAUUGGGUUCUGGUAUAAUGGAACUUACAGACAGAGAACUAAUCUUAUAUACCCGUAAACGUGAUUCUGUCAAAUGGCAUUACCUCUGUCUGCGCCGUUAUGGCUAUGAUUCCAAUCUCUUCUCAUUUGAAAGUGGUCGAAGAUGUCGAACAGGACCAGGAAUAUUUGCAUUCAAGUGUGCCCGUGCAGAAGAACUAUUUAAUAUGUUGCAAGAGAUCAUGCAGAAUAAUAGUAUAAAUGUGGUAGAAGAACCAGUAGUAGAAAGGAGUCCACAUCAAACAGAGAUGGAAGUUCCAAGAACACCCCGCACACCUACCACACCUGGGUUGAGUGGGCAGAGUUUACCUAAUGGGUAUCCGAGGUAUCCCUCCUAUGGAGAUGCUUCCUCACAUCCCUCCAGCAGGCACCCUUCUGUAGGAAGUACACGUCUUCCUUCAGUAGGUGAAGAGUCAACACAUCCCUUGCUUGUAGCAGAGGAACAAGUACAUACAUAUGUGAAUACAACUGGUGUACAGGAGGAAAGGAAAAGCAGGCCAAGUGUGCGUACUCCUCUGGAACAAAAGGUUUCCAAUGCCGAAAUGAGCAAGACAAGAGAAGAUGAAACUUGUUCUGAUGACACAGAUGCCCAGGUUGUACUGGAACCUGAAGGAGUUAAAUUUGUUUUGGGCCCAACACCUGUCCAGAGACAGUUAAUGGAAAAAGAAAAACUGGAAUCAAAUGGGAACAACACUCAAACUAGUGGAAACAGCACUGAAACUAGUGGGAGCAGUACUCAAGCUAGUGGGAGCAGUAACAAUGAAUGGGACACUGGGUAUGACAGUGAUGAACGUAAAGAACUUUCCUCUGGUAACAAGCUAGCAUAUGAAAACGUAAACAGAUUGUCCAUUCCUAGUGUCCCAGGGCUCAGGAGGGGUCGUCUGAUAUCAUCUAGUACCUCUGAUACCCAGAAUAUCAACAAUUCCGCUCAGAGGAGAACUGCAUUGCUAAAUUAUGAAAAUCUGCCAUCUUUGCCUCCAGUCUGGGAAGCUCACAAGCUAAGUAAAGAGGAGGAUGACAGUUUAGGACCAAAGACACCUUCUCUGAAUGGCUAUCACAAUAAUCUAGAUCCCAUGCAUAAUUAUGUUAAUACAGAGAACGUAACGGUGCCAUCCAGUGCUCACAAAGUAGAGUAUGCAAGACGUCAAGACUGUGCCCCGACAGUUUUUAAUUUUGAUAUUAGGCGACCAAGUUCGGAACACAGGCAGCUCAAUUAUAUACAGGUUGAUCUGGAAGGUGGCAGUGACUCUGAUAACCCUCAGACUCCAAAAACGCCUACCACUCCACUUCCACAGACUCCCACCAGGCGCACAGAGCUGUAUGCUGUGAUAGACAUUGAAAGAACAGCUGCUAUGUCAAGCUUGCAGAAAGCACUGCCACGAGACGAUGGUACUUCUAGAAAAACUAGACAUAACAGUACUGACCUGCCUAUGUGAGCCUGGAAAGCAUUAGUUAAAUCAUUUGCACCUUUGUGAAGUUUUUUUUUUUUUUAAUGAAUGAGUGCCCUGUUUUGAUCUUUAAAUGCCAUCACCUUUCAUAGAUUGAUAGCUUUUUCUGAAUACUUCAUGUGCUUGUUUAAAGGGAAUUUAAGGCAAGAAGAUUAUUAUAUAACACUAAUUUUACAGUUGUAGUAACAGCUUUUGGAUAGCAUUUCCAUCUUUUUAUGGUGCCUAUUCCAUUGACUGAAAAUUGUAGCAACAUGGCAAUUUUGAUAGACUGGCCAUGUGCCUAAAGUCACUUGACGGCAUUAUGACACUUGUAUGCCUCUUGAAACUUGCAUUACUCACAGAUCAGUAUAAUCUCACAUAAUGCAUGUCUGUAGAUUCACAUAUUCUAGUUGAAUUUAUGGCUUCAUGUAUCAUAAAUGAGAGAAAUUCUGGUCAGUCUGAGUUGAGUCAAAGCAUAGUAUAACUUCUUUUGUACACUAAAUGGCUUUCUGGCACAGAAACUGAUGUGUAGUUGAUGGAAAAGGACCUGAUAGCUGCCGUUCUCCAAUCCCCUUCCAAUAGGAGCAGCUUGCCAUGGUACAGAAGAAUGCAAAUCUAUUAAUAAUCCAUAAGUAUAUUUCAAAUUUUAAUACUGAAUAGAGUGCCAUUAUUUAUGAGUGUCUGAUCUGGGAUGGAGGAAAAACAGAUGGAAAUCAGUAGCAUCAUAAACUUACAUUGAAGUUUCAUUUAGCACUUGGUUUCAGUUUUAAAAAAGUCCAUUACCCUAAUGACCAGAUGCACUUUAAAACCACCAGCCAUACAUCCAACUAGUAAUUGAAAAACAUGCUGUGUUGUCAGAGCCAUUUGCAUUCAGAAUGAGCAUGUUCUGCAAUUCUAGGAUUUGUUUUUGCUCUGUCAAAUUUAAAAUUACAGUGACGAGUGCAAAGAAGGUAUACCAUGUGGGGGACGGGGACUGGGAUGAGAUAUACCUGAAUAAAUUUGUGCUUUUUGUAGGGUGAGAUGACUGAUAUUAAAAUUGCUAGUAUGGUGCUGUAUGGCUAAAGGGCUAUAAAUGGUUUGGCAAGGACAUUGGGGUUUUGCUGGCCCUUAGUUUGGGUCAGAACCCUGGUGACCCAUCCCUCUCACAAAGCUGUGGAGAUCCUUUGGAGUAGCAUCCCACGCAGUGUGAGGGGAUGUAGCCAGAAGAAAAUAAAAUUCAGCUCUCUCUUGCACAUGCAGAAGCACUAUCUACUAGUGCACAGGUCUUUAUGGAUUCUAGCCUAUAUUUAUUUUUCCAGUCCAUCUUGUGAAAAGAUCUUCAGGCUUGACUUGCCACUAUUGCCAUGUCAGAGGUCACAUCCUGUUCUCUUUUCAUCAUUUUCUUUCAUUCAAGUUUGAAAUCAGCUGAUUUCUAAGUGGCAGCUUCAAGUUUUUCUGUAUGACUGUGCAGACACCUGCAUAGUAGACAUCUGUGAUGUGUAAUUAACAAGUACAUUUUAUCUGUGGUGGGAUCUUUUAAGCUUUUAGUUCUGUAAAAUGUCUCUUCCAUUCCUUGCCUUUCAUUUGUUUAUUUGGCCAUAUAGUCUUUAUGUUGCAAACUGUUAAUUUUGUACAUAGGCUUUAUUCAAUGUAUAUUGUGUGUUUCAUCUUGUUCAAUUUCUGUUUUGCCAUGGAAAUGAAUUUUGGAGGCCCAUUGGUAAUACUGUCACCAGAAAGGCCUUUUUAUUACUUGCACAAAUGGAAAGAUGCAUUAUAGAUGUUUGAGGACAAAAGUGCUCUGGCACCUUAAUAGGGUUAUGUUGAGACAUGAGCUUCUGUGUUUGGCUUAUUCCAGAAGAAAACAGCUGUGGCCAACGUAGUAGUCAGAAUGCUGGGUUUCAUAUAUUGUAUAGUUUAUCAAUAACAGUAAUGUGAGUCCAUAAAUAAUAAGGGUUCUUGCGUUCUUCAAGAAUGAGAACAUAAUCUGUAGCAUCUACCUUGAAUUCAAAGCAUAAUAUUCUUUCAGUGCUGCCAAUAUAUACUUCUUUUGUUGUAUUCUGCUGACAUUGGUGUCAGUAUGCUCUGACUUAAAUCUUGUUUGCUGGCCCAGCAGGUAUUAAGACUAGAGGAACUACUGAGUAUGUAGAGAAUAUCUGAAGGUAAUACCUAUGGGUAUAUCAAUGCUUGACAGCUUAAUUGCUGCUGAAUAUUCCCAGUACCUUUGGCAUCUGCUGAUCUUACCUUACAAUCUGUUCAUGAGUCCCUCAAAUUCACAGUAAAGAAGCUUGCGGUGCACUUCAUAGCAACGCUGACCAGCUUGAACCUACAGUUGCCAAGGAGUAGUUGUUAUGAUGUGAUACAUGUGGAGAUCUAACCAUUUCUAUGCAUCUUAAAGACUUGCGGGGAAACUGUUUCUGGCUUUUUUCCAGGCAAAGAAGAACAAAACAGAAAUAAUGGGGGGAAAUAUGAGAAGUUUAGUUUCUUAUCAAACCUUAACUUUAUUACUUUAAGAACAUGAUUUGUAUACUGUAACUUAGCUCACAGUGGUACUGUUUGGUGUAUUUAUGAAAUUUAAAAUUAUACAUAUCUUUAUUUAAACAACAGCUACACAUCUGUCUGGUGUUACGGUGCAGCAGCUUGCAGGUCCGUCUAAGACUGUGAACCUGUGCCUACUUACAUGGAAGUAAGUUCUAUUGAAAUUAGUAGCACUUACUUCUGAGUGGACAUGUGUUGCAUGGCACCAUAAAGUACUUCAAUGUAUUCUAAAUGCUACCAGCAGGGAAAUGAGGGAGGAAUAAAAAUUGAAGCCCUAUUAAUAGGGUGUUAACUUUAUUAUUACAGGGGCUUCAGAUUGCAUAUAGGGCAAAGGAUCGUUAGGCAGAAAGGACAUUCAUACUUUACAGCACGGGUGCACAACCAAUUCCCGACUGAAAUAGCAUGGGAUGGGUUUGGAGGCUGUGUGUGCAUGCUGUACACAGACACACUUUCAGCAGCUCCAGCAAUCUUGAUACACAUAGCUCUUACCUUGCUGCUAGCAGGACUGUGGAAAGGCUCUCUUUUUUUCCACCCCCUCCCCCAGCAAACCCCAUACAGAUGGUUCUUUCCAGUGAGGCAAAGUGGGGCAACUUUGGGAGACCCACAGGUUAUAUACCCUUGUUUUAGAGAGAAGCUCUGAAUUGUAUAAUGUAAUUAAGGAGUUGUGGAAUGCAGUCCUAUACUUUAUGGCCCUUUAUUUGGAUUGAGUGCCAUUGAAUUCAGUGGGAUUUGCUUCCAAACAAAUACCAAUAGGGGGCAACAGAAGUGUUUAUAAUAACUGUUGAGAAAAUCAUCUAUCUCAACCCCAUAUUUAUUUUAUUUUAUAUCCCAUGAAAUCACAGCAACGUGUAAUUGAAAAUACCGGCAAAAUGCAGGUCUUUUUCUUUCUGUUCAUUGUCUAAAAGAGCAAUCCAGUGGGCCCUAGACAUUAUAGCAUGAGAUACUUCACAUUCUAAGAUCUGAGACCAGAGACAGAACUCUUAACCUGGGAGCUGAAACUCUUUGCGCCAGAUCCAUCCCCACCCUUCAGAACUAGCAUAAAAAGAACUGCAGCUGCUGCUUCUCCAAGUCAGAAACACAGCCUUGGGUGCAUAACAGGUGGGAGGGAAGAAGAGGAGAUUGCAAAUGCCAGGGCACAAAACAUCCUGUUUUCUCUGCAGCUUUCUUCCUUGUGACUCAACCAGUCUAUUUAGCAAAAAUGCAAGGUGGGAGGAGGAGGAAGGUGAAGAUCACCCCUGCUGUUUCUCCCACUCUGCACUGGAUGAUCCUUAGUUUAAGUGCUUGAUCAUCUUGAUUGAAUUGUACCCUAAAAUAUUCUGAACUUCUGAAACGUCCAAGUUCCUGCAUAUGUUCUGUAUUCUGCAGCAUCAAAUUGGAGUGUUGCUUAUUUUGUAAUUCAAAGACAAUAGCAUUGCUAUAAUUAACAAUGGUGUGAAUUGGCUGUGUAGCUAUGCUACUUUAAAAAUGCUUUUAAAAAUAGAGAGAGAGUGGUUUCCUCUCCUGCUGCAAAGAAAGCCCUUCCAUAUUUUCACUGGAAAAAUAUAAAAUGAUUAUACCUAAGCAGGGAAAUGCGGGUCAUUUGGUUUUUUCAUUUUUUUCCUGUGGGACUUCACAUCUCUAGAUACGUCCUGCUCGAUAGUGAACAAAACUAUGCAAAAGAAUAAAAAAGAUAUUAAAAAGCUAAGUGUCUUCCAGCAAUAGUCAAGUCACCCACCAUUGAUAAGUGUAAGAACAUUUAUCUAUUCUAGCAUUCCAGAGUAGCUAACUAGAUGCCCAUGAGAAGUCCAUAAGCAGGACAUGAACAAAAAAGUACUUUCUUGCUGAUGUUGCCCAACAACUGAUUUUCAGAGACAUACUGCCUCCAGUAUUGGAACGAAUUAAUAUCCUGAAAUUCUUACGUGAAGAACACCCCAACAGAAUUAAUUUUCUAUUAAAAUUCUCUUCAUUUCAAUAGUACCUAACAGGCUAGACUGCCUGAAAUACCUUCCUGCUCCUGCCAUAUGAAAAGCUAAUCACUUAUACAGCUAUUAACUUCUGUGAAAGAAAUAGCAGAAGGAAUGCUCCAUUGUGGCAAAAUGAUAAGAUUGUUUGUUGAAAAACAACCUUUUUCCUUCUACCUAGGCAUGAAUAUUGUCUGGAAAUUUAAGAGGUUCUGGUCUGGAUAUUUUUAAAAAGUCUGGAGAAUAUUGACAUUCCCUAAAAGCAACUGUACUUAUUACAUUGCAUUCACAUCCAACCUUUUUUCUUCUGUGAUGAACCAAAGGUGGCUUACGUAGUUCCAUUUUAUCCUCUCAGCUACAACCCUGUGAGGUAGGUUUGGCUGAGAGUGAGUGACUGGCCCAAAGUCACCCAGUGAGCUUCGUAGGUCCCCAGUUGGACACUCUUAGCCACUGUACCACUGGUUCUCCAGUUAUGUCUGGAAAUGCCUCUGCCUAUAAAUGUUCUGCAGCAAACUGGAUCCUGACUGGCAAUAUCCAUUCUGUGAAGGUCUGUGACCUUGCUUGACAAAACAGGUAUUACAAAGAAUACGGUACUGUAGAAUAUCAGAGGGGAUGUGAACAGAACUUUAUUUUUUGGACAGAGCCUUGAUCUGAUCGGUUGUCUGAAUUCUGCAGGACUCCCAGCCUUCCUUUUUGUCUUAUGUGCCUGAACACCAUUUCCAUGUAUGUUGGAAAGAAAUUAGGGGAGUGCUUUCUUUUCUGUCACCUGAAGUAGCUUUUAAAUGGUUUCAUCUCUGCCUCUUCAAGUGGGACAGACAGACAUGUCUGAUUAGCUGCUAUCAAAUGACAAGAUAUGCACUUUAGUGGAGACUCGUCAACGUGAUAAAUUCAUCGUUUGCCAAUUCAGAGCUCCUUUUAGUUUUGCCAUCAGUAUUAAUAGUUGCAUUUGACUUGCAAUGUGCUUAGCAGGAAAGCACUGAACACACACUGUGGGGGAAAAUAGCUAACACAGUGGUGACAUUUCCUCAACAGUAUCCUGCAAAAGAAUAGUUGCAAUACUAAAAUCAUGCUGUUCAUAAAUAUUUUUGUAUAGUAACAUGCUUUAACAGAAUGCAAGACACUUUUCUCUGGUGUUUUAACCUAGCUGUAAAAUUACCCCAUCAUUUCAUUGUUGAAAAAGAUUCAAUGUAUAUGCAAAUGUUGCCACAUUUGAAGUCUUUACAGCUCAAUUGUCUUUGUACUGAGAUGUACAAGACAAGAUCUGAUAGCUUGCCUUACUGACAGAUAAUAGUAUUACCAGACUAAUGGGUAGGGGCAAUGCUAUUCUAUCUCCAGUUAUCUUUGUAAAAUCAUAGAUUUAGUUCUCUUUCUAGAUUUUCCAUCCAUGAACCUGUAUGUAUGUGUCAGUGUAAACAAAAUUAUUCUGUGCCAAUCAAAUUUGCAUAAAAAUCUGAAAGGCACGUGUUUCCUAAGAGAAGUGUCAAAUUUCUAGUUUGGGAUUUCAGCAGACAAUGGUCAUAUAUUUCCAAGCUUUAGUUUUACUAAGCUGGCUUUUUAAAGGGAGAAAAGAUGUGGAAUUCAUUCCUGGGCCAACACACAAUUCUGUGCAAAGUACCACCUUUCUUGCCUGUGCAGUAACCUUGCAGACACACUGAUCAUCCAUCACCUACACAGGACAGACUAUUGACAUGAUCGACUAGAAGAGUUCAGCUGAAUUGCAUUCUACCACCAUGUGAGAUAAGAAGACACCAUUGCCACCUUUUCGUAAUUCUCUUGAUUCUCUGUCAAGAUGUCCUGAUUUAACCUGCUGAAGGUGUGGCAAAAUUGAUCAGCUGUAAUGUAGAUGGUGAAUAAGAAUGGUAUCAAUGUUGGGCAAAUUGUCUUUGCAUUAGGAUACAGUAAGACUGUGUUGGUAGCAGUCUUUUUUUUAAAUGCCACUGAUAUAUGCUAGUGAGCACAGUCAACUAUGUGUCAUGUGAAUUCUGUCCUGAUGCUCAACUUUCUGGAUUGCUAGCACAAAACCACACAUAAAGGAGGUGCAAGUACUGUGCAAGAUAGGUGCAAAAGGAAUUUUAAGUUUCCCCUUUGUGGCCACAAUUUCCCUCUUUGUUCAUCAACAGCUGUUUAUAUUAUGUUUAACAAUAUUUGCACUAUUGUAUCUGUUAACCCACAAAAUUAGUAAGGCUUCUAACUGAAGCAAAGAAUCUGUUUAUCUUAUGACCCUGACAGAACUGGUCUACUGUUUGUGGUUCUAAAAAUUAGCCACGUAUUUUUCCAGCUCCCAACUCAUUUUGCAAUUCUGCCCUAUUCUGCCCACUCUCCGCUGCAAAUAUUUGUUAUAAAGUAUACUGGAUUUUUUUGCAGUGGGCUGAAGGUAGAAAGUCUGUGGGUGCAAUUUCAUACAUUCUGGAAGGAGAAAUCACAUACAGGAAGCUUGCUAAGAUUUAUUUUUGGACCAGCAAGGGAAGGUGAAAUUAAAUGUAAAAUAUUGAGUGCUGUUGCAGAUACAACAUACUAGUACACUGAGUAUACAACAUUCAUUUAUUAAACACACAAGAUAGAAACCGUAUUGCAUGAAAUCUCACUUUACAGUGAUUAAUUUGUGGACUUUGUUAAGAACUGAGACUCUCAUUUUUUGAUUCAUAUAAUUAUGUAAAACCUUUUCCCACCCUGUUUUAGAAAGUUUAUUCCUUGUAAUUUUACCAAGGCUGAAGAACAUAUCUGGCUCUUGAAAUCCAAAAACACAAUUUUUUAAAAAACAAGAUUUUGCUAAAAGCAAAUUAUGGGAUCUUGCAUUAUAUUUGGACAUCUAAAAUGAGUAACAUUUGCUGAAAAAAAAAACAUUCUGGCAUUAUAGAAACAGAAACAGAGUGAAUCAGAAGGGGCCUCCUGGGCCAUCUAGUCUGACCCCCAGCUCCAGCCAGCUCUCUCACGACAUGCCCACCAUGUGCAUGUCCAGUCUAUCUUUGAACACCCUCAUCGAUGGGGCCUCAACCACCUCCCGGGGAAGCCUAUUCCAUACCCUCGGGGUCCUAACUGUCAGGAAGUUAUAUUGUUUGUCCAUCACUACACAAUCAGUUUAAUAUUUUUUUAUAUGUCACCAUUUGCUAAGCUUUCACUUUGUGAACAACCAUGCAUUCACAUCUGCCAGUGUUUGCAUAGUAACAACAGAAUGUUCAGCUUCUAUAUUUAAAGUUAGUCCUCUCAACUCUAGUGUGACUAACAGCAACAGAGUUCCUAGUUAUAUAAAACACUUUUUUCCUUUGCACCUGAUCAUCUUUUUUCAUAUUCCAACUCCAUGGAUGUGUGUGUGCACCCUUCCAAAUGAUUGUAACUGAAAAGAAGUGUUCAUGUCAUGGUGUAUAUGUCAGAAAAGCUUAUCUUCAGCUUACAUCCUUCUACAGUUCUAAAACACUACUUCUGGAUAACCUGUUGAAUUUAAUAAAUUUGAUGCACGAAAUCACCUUGGCCAUGGGCAUUAAAGGUUUUUGUAAUUAAUUGCUCUUGAAAUAUGGCCAAGAUGUGUUAUUUUUUUCAAGUGCUUGGUUGGUUUACUAGGUUACUUUGCUGGGCUGGAUCUUGAGAACCAUGAGCCAAAGGAAAGGGGUUCUCCAUGUUAAUCUCCUGAAAACCUCUGGAAUGGGAUAGGGUGCAACAGGUUUCUAGCAAAGGAAUCUUGCAUGAGUGGAGCCCCACAGUUAAUCUCUUUAUCCAUACCACAGUCCCAAAUUACCCUUGAGUUUUUGGAGGGGGUUUUGGGGGAGGAAAUGAGCAUUUCCCUCCCACUAACUUCUUUUCUGUUAGAAUUCUCAGGAUCCAACCCACUGUUUGCUUCAGAUUGCUGUACAUUUUGUGUGAAAGAAUAAGAAUAAAAUUUAGUAUCGGACAAAGGUGAUUUCAUAGACCAUGAAGUGUUGAUUUAAACAAAAAAAAUCUGUAAUAAUAUGAUUUACAAAGGGCAUUUAAAAAAUUUUAAGGUUGCUAAAUUUUAUAUUUGGUAAAGUAUAUGUGACCUACCAUAACCAUUAAAUGUACUUUUGUACAUUUGUAUAAAUAUGAAAUGUAUAACUGUCAUUAGCAAUGAGGUUACAAGUUCUCGUGACAUAGGACAGUCUUCCUCUGUGUUCAUAAAGGGCAUGCUAUGAGAAGUCAUCUUUCCCAACGAACUGACCCUUGAAACUUUCUAAAAAGAUCCUGUGAAGCCAAGGACCAUGGAGUGCAGAGAUAAUUCCUAUUUAUAUACGUUGCACAUGUACUCAGAAGUCUUGGGGCAUAUUAGAGCAAUCUGACAACAUCCUCAAUGUGUGCCCAUCACAAAGGAUUGAUAAUGUGAAAUUUGCCACAAAUCAACAUUGAUCGUGCCAUGUUCUUAUGUCCCUAAAUCCUAAUUGGCAGUGAAGAGGAGAUGAGAAGGUAUAUGGAAAGUUACUUGCCCGAAGAUUUUGCCUGUUCCCCAACUACCUCCCUGCAAGGGGGAAGAAUUAUUGAAGUCUUAUUGUGUAGCUUACAUGUCUAAUUAGCAUGAUGUGUCUGCAUCAAACAGGAUGAUGUGGCUAUCAUAUAUUUUCACAAAUUAACUGAAAAUGUAGUAGAACCAUAAAAUUAUAUGAAUAAUAACUGAAGAGUCUUUAUUCCUAUUUGUGUUUAGAAUUAUUUUGCUAUCUGAAUUUUUCUUUACUGCAUUGAUUUUGAGGUAUUUUGUGUGAAACAAAUAAUUUUAAAAAUAGAGAGGGCCCUUCACUCAGGAAUUUGUAUACUUUGCUUUUUGUUCAGCAACAGAUGUCAGCAACCUGAACUCCCUGUUAAUUCCCAAUGCAAUAUAUAAAUAUAUAUAUAUAUAAAUAUUAUAAAAUACAUAUAUGGUACUAAUUCUGUAUUUCCCUGGUAUUUGCCAAACCUUGAAUGCCACCUGUCUUGUUUGUAAGACAUUGAUUGCUACUGAAUGUAUAGGAAAUGCUUCCAUUUUGUAAAAGGAAAUAGUGUUUGUAUGGUAUACCACAAUAUGGCAUGUCCCAACCAGCAAGUAUGGUGCCUUUUUAAUUUUAUUUUUAAGCAUAACAUUUCAUUCCAUUGUAACAUUAUGUACAGCUAUGUCUUCGGAAUCACUGUGCGGUUAGAGAAGCCAAACAAUGUUUCAGAAGUUACGGUACAACUAAUCUAAGGUCUUAGCAUGUAAACAGACAAUAAUAGUCUUGUAAUCACCAGUGUGCCACAAAUGCAUUUCUUAAAUGCAUAACUAUACAUUUCUAUAAAAGCCAAAACUGUACUUGUAUGUUACUUUUGUCAUUACAUUGUAAAAUACUGUAAAGUUGUUGUAUGUCCUAAUUUUGCAUUAUAAAAAAUGUUUUCCUACAUAAAGGCAUCAAUAUAGCAACUUUGUAUAAAAGUAGCUUUCUAGAGUUUUAUUUUAUAUAUUAAAAAACCCGCCUAAAAGAGUUGCCAAAAUGCUCCUAAAAGGUUUGCAAACUGUUUUAAAUUCCUCUCCCCUACUGUGCAUUUCAAACUUCCCAGGCUUCCUUUGCAGAGAAAGUUGCCAUUUACAUGAUUCAUAAUAUGUUUUGUUUUCAGCAGCCAUAUACUACUAUUUUAAUUUUGGCAUGUUUUUUCAUUGAGCUUACCAGAUGAUGUCCAUUUUAAAAUAUAUUCUGUACUAUUGACAACACUGUCCCUCACCUGUGCCAGCUUCAUAAGAAUUGUGGCAUGGCAAUAAAAUAAUGAUUUUUACUAUUUAA